GCAGCAGAGCUCCUACUACAGCGUGUGGGGCUGGAGAGGCUGUCAGUGAGGAGGAGAGCGGGGGAGACGAUGCUGCUGGACGGAUGCUGAGAGCUGAAGCCGUUCACAUCCGGACCAGAACCAGAGAACAGCGCCGCGUCUGUCCCACAGCCUCAGCAGGACCGGGUGGAUGAUGAACGUGUCUGGGGGCGCCCUGGGAGGCGACCUUACAGAUGAGGAGAAGGAGAUCAUCAACGGCGUUCUGGCCCGCGCCGCCAUGAUGGAGGCCAUGGAGCAGCAGCGCAUCGAGCGUCUGUCCAGUCGGCUGGACAGCAUCAAGAAGACGGCGUGUGGCGAUGGACAGUCUCGCUGCCUGCUGUGUGGGACGUCCUUCGGAGCGCAGGGGGUCACAGCUGUACUCUGUUCGCAGUGCAAAAAGCACAUGUGCAGCAAAUGCGGGAUUUGGAUUAACAGCAGGACUUGUCCGCUGUGGCUCUGCCGGAUCUGCAACGAGCAGCAAGAGGUACAGAAACGUUCAGGGGCCUGGUUUUAUAAAGGAAGGGAUCAGCAGGGCCUGCCCUCCCCCCUGCCUCUCUCCAGACCUCAGUCCAACACCGGUCAAGGCCAGUCACAGGGUCACAGACCAAGUCAUCAGACUGAUGAGCCUCGGCAGAAGCAGUUCAGUGCGUCAGAACAAUGGGAGCAGACAGCAAGAACAACAACUGACAGCUGUGAUGAGACUCAUUCUACUCAGGCAGCUGGAACCAAGAUGGAGAGACAUGUGUUGGAGUCCAAAGCACCUCAGGCAAACACGCAGCAGACGGCACCCACCCCGGUUCCAGCAGCGGAUCUGGAGAGCAAGCAGCAACCGGUCGUCUCCUCAGGUCCCACUUACAUACCUGCAACCAGGAUCACUCCACCUGCGAAUCCACCUUCCAACAACAUGACGACCCAGAAACCCGCUCCAGAUCACGCAGAGAACGACGACAAUGACUAUGACUCGGACGAUGCCACCACACUGGGAUCUCUAGAGUUCAGCCUUCUUUAUGAACAGGAGAAUCAUGCUCUACACUGCUGCAUCAUUAAAGCUAAGGGUUUGAAACCAAUGGAUUCUAAUGGACUGGCAGAUCCGUAUGUAAAGUUACAUCUGCUACCUGGAGCCAGUAAGUCCAACAAGCUUCGCACCAAGACGCUUAAAAACACCCUGAACCCCGUGUGGAACGAGACGCUGAUCUACCACGGCAUCACCGACGCUGAGAUGCAACGCAAAACACUCAGGCUGUCGGUGAGCGACGAGGACAAGUUUGGACAUAAUGAAUUCAUUGGAGAGACACGGGUGGCACUCAAGAAACUGAAGUUUGACCAGAAGAAGAAUUUCAAUGUUUGCUUGGAGAGAGUGAUCCCGGUGAAGAAGGCUGUAGGAGGGUCAAUUCGUGGCAUGGCACUUUAUGAGGACGAUCUGAAGGAAGGCGAGGACUCGGAGGAGAGGGGCCGCAUCCUGAUCUCGCUGACGUACAACAGUCAGCAGAGCCGUCUGGUAGUGGGCGUGGUCCGCUGCGCUCACCUGGCCGCCAUGGAUUCCAACGGCUACUCGGACCCUUUCGUCAAAAUAUGUCUGAAGCCAGACAUGGGAAAGAAAGCCAAGAACAAGACGCAGAUCAAAAAGAAGACCCUCAACCCGGAGUUCAACGAGGAGUUCAGUUACGAAAUUAAACACGCCGAGCUCGCCAAGAAAACUCUGGACGUAUCGGUCUGGGACUACGACAUGGGGAAAUCCAACGAUUUCAUCGGGGGAUGUCAGCUAGGCAUCCAGGCUAAAGGAGAGAGUUUGAAACACUGGUACGAAUGCCUCAAGAACAAAGACAAGAAGAUCGAGCGCUGGCAUGUCCUGCUUAAUGACAACACCGUCCAGUUUGAGGAUUAAUUCACGCUGUAAUAAUUCGGUUGUUUGCAUCUUUAUUUGAUCACCUCUCUGCUAAAUGUUGUUUUGCAGUUUCUAAAGUUGGACCGAUUCCUCCGUGCGUUCGUAUGGAGUCUUCCCCAGACGUCCAAUGUGAAUUUUAAAUUUCUCGUGACAAACAUGGAUGUUGAGCUAAAGUAACCCCCGCCCUCUCCCGACCCUGUUACCUAAACUAAUCCAGGAUCAUCGUAUCACACCUUGUAAAACUUGAUAAAGGAGCCUCUAAUCUGAGCCUUUAUCAUAAUUCCCGGGGAAGAUAAAGUCUUUGUUAUCGCUGCUAUCAGGUGAGAAUGUUGUAUUGAAGUGUGCACAGAUGCUCAGACUCAACAGAGGGAAUUCCCGGUCGUCUGUCUGACCUUGUCCCACCCCAUCAUGUCAUUCCGGCGACCACGUCAUUGCUGGGUGAAGAGGUCGGCUUUCCUGAUGUGUCUAAUCACAUUUUAUUAGUUGAUGUGUAAUGUUAUUCUGGUGUGUGCGUCGUCCAAAACAAAGCAAGCAAAAUAUAUAUGUCUCUCUAUAUAUUUUGCUUGUGUUAUUGUGCCAACCGACCAUGCGUUUUGCAUAUGUUAAAUUAUGAAUUUGAGGCUGAACCAACAAAGUUGUGGAAAAGAGCCCAGUUAUGAACUUUCUUAGGUGUAUGCAGACACUUUGUAGCACCUUUAACUGCAGCACACAGUGGCAAGCUAACAGUGACCUGUCAUUUUGCUAGUAAUGUAAGCUAACCUGAAUAUUUACAAACCUUUUCCUGAUAGACUGAAAUAACUUACCUACUGUCUGUCAACCACUUUGAAAAGCUUUUUUCAUCCCUACGACAUCUUUGUUCUUCUCCCUCUUCCGUUUUUCUUUCUUUUCUUUUUUUGGUUUCCUGCCUUGGAGAGAUUUCCUCUAUGCCUCUUCAUCUUUAGCUAGCUGCCUUCUUCUUGAUUUUUAUUGGCGGUCACACAACGUAGCUAGCUAUCACCAGGCAAAAACACAAUUCAAAUGAAAAAAUAAAAAACAAAUUUCGUGGCCCAGAACGUUCUCGACGUGGAAUAAUGUUCCGCCAUCGUUUUGGCGCCCACUGUGCGUCUCAUAUAGUGCAUAAUCAAUUUUUGGUUGUGGACGUGAAAUGUAUGACGGCGUAUUAGGGCCAUUGUAGACAGAGAAAAAGGGAAGAAUACAAUCCCGUCCAAAAAAAGAGAGAAAUUAUCGAAUUAAUCUCAGAAAUUUGAUAUGAAAUUUCUGAGUUUGAAAAGUUGAAAAUUGAACUGAAAUUUUUUUUAGUUUAAUCGCAGAAAUUUGCUUGACUAAAACAAGAUCAUUUCUGAUUUUGACAAGUCAAAAGGUUGCCAGAAAUUUUGAAAUUAAUCUCAGAAACGUCCUAGAAAAAACACGCACAUUUCUGAGUUGCAAUUGCAAACAUGAAUUUUUCUGAGUUUUUUGGUGGAAAUUGACUUUUUUUUUCUAUCUACAACGGCUUUAAUAUACCGUUGUAGAAAUGCUUUCGGCUCCACGCAGCUAAGACCUGCGCAUGUGCUAGCAGUCUGCCUUGCUGGAGAAAUUCAAAGGGCAAAAUUAACGCUUCUGCAUUCUCUAUGAAAUGAUCAUAAAACUAAAUUAGACCAAGCAGUGGUUCAAUAAAACACAAUGAAAGAUUCCUGUUCUGAUCUAACUCUGUAUUUUAGAGUCAGGUGAAAUGUUUCCAGCUGCUUAUUCUCCCUGUAUUGCUGCAGAUGCAUGUAUGAACCCAUGUUGUUGAAUACAUGUGGCUAAUUAAUAAAGACAUGAUGGCACUUGA